AUGAUGGAGUAUAUACUUUUGAUCUUCCUAUCUACCUUCCUCUCAGUUUCCAUGACAUCUGAAACAUUUGAUGCAAUGGAAGGUGAGGCUUUAGUUAUAAAAUGUCCCCGAUGGAGUUCAUCUGUGAAAACCACCUGGUAUUACACGGAUACUAACAAAAUAAUUCCUUCAGAAGAGGAGGGAUCAAGAAUAUUUUCCUUAAAUCGAUUUCUUUGGUUUCUGCCAACUUCUAGAGAGGAUUCUGGAAACUACACUUGUGUUAUACUUUUUUCAAAUAAUCACACGAAGUCAUUCAACAUGAGUGUGCAGGUGCAUCCAUACAAAAAAGGAGUGUGUUUCCCAAGUCAGAUUCGUUAUCCAAAUGACACUGGAAGAGGAAAAAUAGUUUGUCCUACAAUUGACAAUUAUAAGAAUGCCACUAUCAUCCAGUGGUAUAAGGACUGCAAACCUCUUCAGGGAGAGAGAUACAUCAAGGAAGAAAAAUACAUUUUUAUUAACAAGCCAAGAAAGGAGGAUGAUGGUUAUUAUACUUGUCAGUUUAUCUACACUCACAAAGGAAAUGUGUUUAACGUAUCAGCAACAAGAAUUUUCAUAAGUAAGGAAAAACACUCACCUCUACAGCCUCAAAUUUUAUUUCCAAAGAAUAAAGAAGUAAUAGAAGUGGAGCUCGGUGCUGCUUUUUCUCUGACAUGUCAGGCCCGCCUGGGGAUUAGGAAACAGCCUUUGGCUCAUGUCACGUGGGAUGUGGACAACAUACCAGUGAAAGAGUUAGAUACAUCAAGAUUUCAUGAAAAAACCCAUUUUUUUGAAGGACCUGCACAUGAAUAUUACAGAGAGACUACUUUGCAUAUUACUGAAAUAAAAAAGGAGGAUCUGCAGGCAAAUUUCACGUGUGUGGCACUGAAUGAAAUGAAGAACACAAAGGCCACGGUGAUGUUGAAGCUCAAAGCACCAUUGGGUUUUCCUAACGUCCUCCUGAUAGCAGGAGCUCUUGUUCUGUUAGUUACAAUGGCAGUCUCUGUUACACUUUAUCAGUACUUCCGAGUUGAUAUCGUUCUAUUGUACCGGGAGAUAUUUCAGCCCUACUCAGUCAAGGACGAUGGGAAGAUAUAUGAUGCAUAUGUUAUCUACCCCAAAAGCCGCACCGAUGAAGCUAAUUUUGUGGAAUAUUUUGUUUACCAAAUCAUGCCAGAUAUUCUUGAAAAUAAAUGUGGAUACAAACUAUGUAUUUUUGGGAGAGAUAUAUAUCCUGGAGAAGAUACAGCCAGCGCAAUUGAGAAAAGGAUGCAGAAGAGCAGGCGGCUGAUCAUCCUUCUAACACAUCAUUUGAUUAAUUGCAAAGAACCUGCUUAUGAUCAACACAUUGCUUUAUACAAUGCUCUCAUUCAAAAUGAUACAAAGGUGAUCCUGCUGGAAAUGGAGACAAUUGGGACUUAUGAGAAGCUGCAGGAAUCUCUUAGGUUUGUUAUUAAGAAGCAAGAUGAAAGUUCAGAAACUUGA